AUGAGUUGGAAAUUUAAAGCGAAAGAAGUUAGGACGAAAGACAAUAAAUGUAGCAAUGAAACAUCGGGUGGAGGGGAGCCUCGCAUUCUGUUCGCUUUUGUUUCAUUUAUUGACACAACUCUUUGUUUCUUUGGCUCCUUCGUUUUAAUUUCUCACUCUUUGUGUGUUUUUAUUCUCCUUUCUCCCUGUCUACUCUGGCCCGAAAUUAUCUCCUUUUCCCAGAUUAUAUUCAUCUUUCUUUCUUUCUUUUCUUUCUUUCUUUCUUUCUUUACCUAUGUAUUCUUCUCUCCUAUUUUACCUACGUAUUUCUCUUCACGUUCAUUUCUCGUUUUCUUCUUAAUCCUUUUUCUUCAUUUUCUCUUUCUACUUGAACCUCUUCUCUGUCAUUUUGUACAUAUCUUUCUUUCUUUCUUUCUUUCUUUUUCUACCUAUGUAUUCUUCUCUCCUAUUGUACAUACGUAUUUCUCUUCACGUUCAUUUCUCGUUUUCUUUUUUAUUGUUUUUUUUCUUUUUCUCAUUCUACUUCAAACUAUUUUUCCUCUGUCUUUUUUUUUUACAUUUCUCUUUCUUUCUUGUUUUACUUUAAAUGUUUAUCUUACUUGCUUCUCAUCGCCUUUCUUUCUUUUCCUACCUACAUAUUUUUUCUUCUUCUUCACCUUCAUAGCAUGUUUUCUUCUUCCCUUAUUUCUCAACCUUUCCUCUUUCUCUUUCAACGCCUCUCUUUUUUUUCUUUCUUUCUUUGCUCGAGAUUCUUUUUCUUUCCCUUUCAAAUCCAUUGCAAUUUUCUAUGUACCGUUUCUACCUAUUCCAUGUUUCCAUCUUUUUACAUAUUUACUUCCGUUCUUCUUCUUCUUCUUCUUCUUCUUCUUCUUCUUCUUCUUCUUCUCUUUCUCCUCCUCCUCUGUUACAUUUCUCUUUUUUCCUCUCUAUUACUUUCUUAGAUCACCUCUUCAUUCCUUACGCUUAUUUCUCUCGUUAUUUUAUUUGCAUUAUUUGGUUUCUUUGUUCUGA